AUGUCGCCAAAGUUGUCUUUAUUGCUUACAAGGCUUGCAUUCCUUGUGAUAAUUCAUGGCACCGUUGGCAGACCAAUGCCCAAAGCAGAUGCACCCAAAGAUAUGAUCAACAAAUUGCAAAGUAUCUUCAAAGUUGGCGAAGGCAUUAUGGUAUACAAUACAGGAAUCGCCAGAGAAGAACUUGAGGAUGACGAAAUCGUUUGCGCCGAACGUCGAGCUGGAAAGUCAUAUUGCAAGGAGGUUGAAAACUAUAUGGAGGCGACGCGGCUUGAUAAAAUUGACCCAGAACAGUUUGCUAAAUUCAAAGAAUAUUUCAUAGAUGAUUUGGCACAAACACAGUUGGUGGCAACUCGCAUGGAUUUUGGAAAGUCACUAUGCAAUAGUAAGACAAACAUUAUAUAUCCGGAGAGUGCUGAGUCAGAGGAUUCGAAAUGGUUGCUGAUAGUGCAGCAUGCACAACACAAGCAAGGUGUUUUGGUAGAGGAGUGCGAAAAUGUGGACCAACCUUGUGAGGAGAAUAGUACUUUGCCGCUGGAGGAUUUGCCGAAAUGUAAACAAAAUUUCAGCUAUCGCAAGUUGGUUGUGUUGGUGAAUGGCGAGAUGAAGGAGGAAAUGGUUAAAUUGCCAACUACUUGCGAGUGUAGAAUGUGCUCCACAUAAGGAUAUAUUCUAUAAAAUACUAGUAUGUAAUUAUAAUUGAUUUAGAACAGUGCAGAUAUUUUACGAAAACUAUUUAAAUGUUAAAAUUUUAGCUUGUAUAAUGAUAUAAUUAUAAUUUUAAAACCUUGUAAG